AUGGGCAACACCGUGCACAGGACCCCGCCAGGUACGCCGGGGAUCCCUGGCGGGAGGCGGGCGCCGGGCUUCUCUCUUUCGAGGGACCCGCCGGGUGACUCCCGGAGAGCACCCCCCACGCCCCUUGGAGCCCUCGGCGCGCGGCAGGCUGGAGUCUCCGGUGCCUCCGGACCCCGGCUCCGAGCGCGCCCCGCGGCUGGGCUUUGCACUUCAGGAGGGCGGGUACAGCGUCCUGGUUACCUUGGGGACCCGGGUGCUCGUUCUCCCGGCUUUGGCAAGAUGUGCGAAAGGGCCGCUGGGGCGAUGCCCGCGCCCCCUCUUCUUUGUUCCAGCCGGAGGGCGCUGGUGAACGAGUCCGGGGCGACCCGAGGGGUGACGGAGCCGGGCUCGCCGGGCUUCCGACGGCCAGAAGCCGCCAAUUGUGCCGAGACUGCAGCUGCUGAGAGUGGGGGGGUGCUGUCAGGGCUACCCCAGUUUGCAGCCGCCGAGCCCCCCACCUCGGCGCGUGCUGCCUUCCCUUGGCCGCGUUCCCACGCGCACCCCGGCUGCGCCCCCCUCUGGUGUCCGCGCAACUGGGGUCUCUUUAGCCCCUCGGAGUCGCUGCUACAGACCGCAUCGCCCCUAGUCCAAACCACCCCAGAAUUUCCGGGACCAGAGUACGGGGAUGCAGAGGGGGGAAUGGGUUGGACUGGGGAGGCAGAGGAGGCCUUACCGGAAAAUACCUGGACUCAGGCUCCUGAAGUGUUUGCCACCCCAUCCCCCACCGUCAGACACCACGGUGCUCCCAACAUCCUUCCCGAACCCCCAGCUGCCCCAGGCCCGUCCAACCCAGAGCUCCAGGUAGCCCCCACCGACUCCAGCCCGCCAGCGCGCCUCCUGGCCACCCGGCCGUGCUGCGGCCCCGGCCCCGAGCGCCGCCCGGUCCUGGGCGAGGCGCUGCGCUUCCACGCGCAGGCCAAGGGCAAGAACGUGCGGCUGGACGGCCACUCGCGCCGGGCCACGCGGCGCAACAGCUUCUGCAACGGCGUCACGUUCACGCAGCGGCCCAUCCGGCUGUACGAGCAGGUGCGGCUGCGCCUGGUGGCCGUGCGCCCCGGCUGGAGCGGCGCACUGCGCUUCGGCUUCACGGCGCACGACCCAUCGCUCAUGAGCGCCCACGACAUCCCCAAGUACGCCUGCCCUGAUCUGGUCACGCGGCCUGGCUACUGGGCCAAGGCGCUGCCCGAGAACCUGGCGCUGCGCGACACCGUGCUGGCCUACUGGGCCGACCGCCACGGCCGCGUCUUCUACAGCGUCAACGACGGCGAGCCCGUGCUCUUCCACUGCGGCGUGGCUGUGGGCGGCCCGCUCUGGGCGCUCAUCGACGUCUACGGCAUCACCGACGAGGUGCAGCUCCUCGAGAGCGCCUUCGCCGACACGCUGACGCCCGCGCGCCUCGGCCAGCCCCGCUUCACCGCCUGCCUGCCGCCCAGCAGCCACGACGCGGCCAACUUCGACAACGACGAGCUCGAGAACAACCAGGUAGUGGCCAAGCUGGGCCACCUGGCGCUGGGCCGCGUCCCGGGCCCGCCGCCCGCCGACGCCGCGGCCGCCGCCAUUCCGUGCGGGCCCCGCGACCGCCCGCGGCCCGCGUCGUCGCCGGCGCUGCUCGAGGCCGACCUGCGCUUCCACGCGACGCGCGGGCCCGACGUGAGCCUGUCGGCCGACCGCAAAGUGGCCUGCGCGCCGCGGCCCGAUGGCGGCCGCACGCUCGUCUUCUCCGAGCGCCCGCUGCGGCCCGGCGAGAGCCUCUUCGUAGAGGUGGGCCGCCCGGGGCUGGCGGCGCCCGGCGCGGUGGCCUUCGGCAUCACGUCGUGCGACCCGGGCGCGCUGCGGCCCGCCGAGCUGCCCGCCGACCCCGACGCGCUGCUCGACCGCAAGGAGUACUGGGUGGUGGCGCGUGCCGGGCCCGUGCCUAGCGGCGGCGACGCACUCAGCUUCACGUUACGGCCCGGCGGCGACGUGCUCCUGGGCGUCAACGGGCGCCCUCGCGGCCGCCUGCUGUGCGUCGACACCACGCAGGCGCUCUGGGCCUUCUUCGCCGUGCGCGGCGGUGCCGCGGGCCAGCUGCGUCUCCUCGGUACCCUGCAGUCCAGUCCUGCGACCACGACUCCAUCGGGAUCCCUCAGCGGCUCCCAGGAUGAUAGUGAUUCAGAUAUGACCUUCAGUGUCAACCAGUCUUCCUCAGCAUCUGAGUCAUCCCUGGUGACAGCCCCCAGCUCACCAAUGAGCCCUCCAGUGUCACCGGUGUUCCCCCCACCCGAGCCAGCAGGCAGCAAGAAUGGCGAGUGCACAGUGUGCUUCGACGGUGAGGUGGACACAGUCAUCUACACGUGUGGACAUAUGUGCCUGUGCCACAACUGUGGUCUGCGGCUCAAAAGGCAGGCCCGGGCCUGCUGCCCCAUCUGCCGGCGGCCCAUCAAGGACGUCAUUAAGAUCUACAGGCCAUAGCCUGGCCUGCCGACGGGCCUUGGCUAGAGCAAGGUCACCUUUCUGAAGCCCUCCUGGGUCAGG